CGAAAGUCGACUUUUCGAUCCCAAUCCGCGGGUUGCAAAACACGUUUUCCCGUUGGCCCGAAGAUUGAUAUUUUUCGUUAGUUUUGCGAAUUAUUUGUGCUUUUUUCAUAAUUGUUCAGCUGCAUUUGUGACACACAAAUUGUGUGGUUCAUUACUGCAUUGGUUUGUAAACUGAUAAAGCAAUAAAUUCGUUAAAAUAUGGAUCACCAAAAGCUGACAGAAUUGUUGCGUGCAACAAUUGAUCCUAAUCCCGAACAGAGGAAGGCGGCAGAAGACCAAUUGGCACAGAUCCGUAAAAUUAUUGGAUUUGUACCAACAAUUUUACAAAUUGUUAUGAACAAUAAUGUUGACCAACCUGUACGUCAAGCUGGUGCUGUUUAUUUGAAAAAUAUGAUAUCUAGCAAUUGGGCCGAUCAUGAAGUUCAACCUGGAGAACCCAUACCAUUUUCUAUACAUGAGCAAGAUCGUGCCAUGAUACGCAGCUCGAUAGUAGAUGCAAUUGUACAUUCUCCAGAACUUUUGCGUGUCCAGCUAGCUGUAUGCCUUAAUUGCAUAAUAAAAAAUGAUUUUCCCGGACGUUGGCCUCAGGUUGUUGACAAUAUUAGCAUAUAUUUGCAAAAUCCCGAUGUCAAGGGAUGGAAUGGUGCUUUAAUUACUAUGUAUCAAUUGGUUAAAACCUAUGAAUACAAACGCUCGGAAGAACGAGCCCCCCUCAACGAAGCUAUGAACUUGUUAUUACCCAUGAUAUAUCAACUGAUGGUUAAUUUAAUGAAUGAUCCAUCUGAGGCUUCUGUGCUGAUGCAAAAACAAAUAUUGAAGAUAUACUAUGCGUUGACACAGUUCAGUUUGCCUUUGGACUUAAUAACAAAAGAAACCUUCUCACAGUGGAUGGAGAUAUGUCGCCAAAUUGCCGAACGGCCAGUACCAGAUUGCUCGCAUUUGGAUGAUGACGAAAAGCCAGAAUUUGCAUGGUGGAAAACGAAAAAAUGGGCUUUACACAUUAUGGUUCGCAUGUUUGAACGCUACGGAAGUCCACGUAAUGUAAUAAGCGACAAAUAUCAAAAAUUCGCAGAAUGGUAUUUGCCCACCUUUACGCAAGGUGUUUUGGAUGUUCUGCUUAAGAUAUUGGAUCAAUAUCGCAACAACAUUUAUGUUUCACCGCGCGUUCUUACCGAUGUUCUCGCAUAUAUUAAAAAUGCCGUCAGCCAUGCCUUCUCAUGGAAAUUAAUUAAGCCCCAUAUGGUUGCUAUUAUUCAAGAUGUUCUUUUCCCAAUUAUGUCUUUUUCUGAUCAAGAUCAAGAGUUAUGGGAAACUGAUCCUCAUGAGUAUAUAAAAUUAAAGUUCGAUAUAUUCGAGGAUUAUGCUACACCAGUACCCGCUGCGCAAUCUUUGUUGCACUCUUGCUGUAAGAAGCGCAAAGGCAUUUUGCCCAAAGCCAUGACAAUUAUUAUGCAGAUUAUAACAUCUCCAAACGCGGAUAACAAACAAAAGGAUGGUGCUCUGCAUAUGAUCGGUACAUUGGCGGAUGUUCUUCUGAAGAAACGUAUAUAUCGGGACCAAGUGGAAAAUAUGCUUACUACAUAUGUUUUUCCCGAAUUCCAAAAUUCCGCCGGUCAUAUGCGAGCAAGAGCUUGUUGGGUUUUACACUACUUUAGUGAAAUCCAACUAAAAAAUCCACAAAUUUUGGCCGAAAUUAUACGCUUAACAACACACAGCCUAUUGAAUGACCAGGAGUUGCCGGUUAAAGUUGAAGCAGCUAUUGGCCUCCAAAUGUUCUUGAGCUGCCAGGACGGGGCGGCUCAAUACUGUGAAGCUCAAAUUAAAGAAAUCACCAAAGAGUUACUGACUAUAAUUAGAGAAACUGAAAACGAGGAUCUUACCAAUGUUCUACAGAAAAUCGUAUGCACAUUCUCCGAACAACUGUUACCUGUGGCUAUCGAGAUUUGUCAACAUUUAGCUACAACAUUUAGCCAUGUAUUGGAGGCAGAGGAUGGAGGUGAUGAGAAAGCCAUCACAGCUAUGGGUUUGUUGAAUACAAUUGAAACUUUGCUGACUGUGAUGGAGGAUCAUCCGGAGGUCAUGAGCAGUUUACACCCGAUUGUUAUAAAUGUGGUGGGCCACAUAUUCCAAAACAAUAUCACUGAUUUCUACGAAGAAACCUUCUCAUUGGUCUAUGACUUAACUUCGAAAACCAUAUCUCCAGAAAUGUGGCAAAUGUUAGAAUUGAUUUAUCAAGUUUUCCAAAAAGGGGGCAUGGACUAUUUCGUGGAUAUGAUGCCGGCAUUGCACAAUUAUGUGACCAUUGAUACCCCAGCUUUCCUAUCUGAUCCAGUGCGUUUACUGGCAAUGUUCGAAAUGUGCAAAACUAUGCUUACUAGUAACCCUGGCGAAGAUCACGAGUGUCAUGCAGCCAAAUUACUAGAAGUUAUUAUUCUUCAAUGUAAAGGGCAAAUUGAUUCUGUAAUACCUGUUUUCGUCGAGUUGGCCCUGGGACGUCUAACGAGAGAAGUACAAUCUUCAGAAUUGCGAACAAUGUGUUUACAGGUUGUUAUUGCCGCUUUGUACUACAAUCCUCAACUGUUGCUGUCAAUUUUGGAUAAAAUGUCUCAACAAAAUAAUGAACCCAUAUCAUCCCACUUCAUAAAACAAUGGAUUCACGACACUGACUGCUUCCUUGGUAUCCACGAUCGUAAGUUGUGCGUCUUGGGCUUGUGUACACUCAUAUCGUUGGGCGACAGUAAACCUCAAGUAUUGAGCGAAGUCUCUAGUAAAAUUAUACCCUCUCUAAUUUUGCUUUUCGAUGGAUUAACACGUGCCUAUGAAUCACGUGCACAGGAAGAAGAGGAGGAGGAGGAAGAAGAAAACGACGACUGCGAAGAGGCAUUGUCCAGUGAUGAAGAUGAAAUUGAUGAAUUUGCGCCGGACUAUUUGGAGAAACUGGCCGAAUUCAGUAAAGCUAAAGCAUCUGAAGCUGGCUUUGAAAUGAAGGCUGAAAUCAAAGAUGAUGAAGACGAGGACGACGAAGACGAAGAAGAUUCCAUAGAUGAAUUAAACGAAACUGCCUUGGAGGGCUUUACUACCCCUAUCGACGAUGAAGAAGACGAAAAUGCAAUCGACGAAUUUGUAACAUUCAAGAACGUUAUAACUGCUUUGUCCACUCAAGAUCAGGCCUGGUAUGCCCUACUGACUUCUGGUUUGACACCAGAACAGGCCAAAGCACUGCAGGAUGUUGUGACGACAGCAGAUCAACGAAAAGCCGCUAAGGAAUCUAAACUAAUCGAGAAGCGUGGAGGUUUUGCCUUUACCCAGCAAACAGUACCAUCAACAUUCAAAUUCGGUUCAUAAUAACACAAUUACAAACAAUGGCUUGGUUUCAUACACAACCUGUGUAUGUAAUUCUCUAUCAGCGCAACACAUUUUAAAAAUAUGGAAUCUAGAAACUCAACAACAAGAAAUAGUUGAAACUCGAAAUGCAAUGACGACCAGUUUCGCUAUCUCCCUCGAUCAUUGAAAUUUAAUUUAACGAAACGAACUAUCUGUCCAAGAACUGUGAGAACUUCUGGUGAACGCAAUUAUUUAUAAAAUGUAUUGUAAUUUCCUUUCUAAUCAUGUAUAUUUAUUAUACAAAAUAUGCACGCUUUUGUAAUAUUGUAAAAAAUAUUCCAAACAAUUAAUUUUAGAUAAAGAUUUUUAAUUUUACAUUCAGCAACAUCAUCAUAUUGUGAAGGCAUUUUUUAAAAGUACUUGGAUCUUUUCGUAGCUUUGCUUAGUAACUGGAUUUUUGUACAUUUACCACACCAUCCGAAUGUAGUGGAAACGAUUUUUAUUGAAUGAAUCAAUUUGAGUUAUACCUGUUAUUAACAUAUCAUUUGCCAGGUCUCAUUGAAUGAGCCACAGACAAAUAUAAACUAUGUUAAAUGACUUAACCAAGGCCUAUCAAAAUUUUUCUCAUUUGUAUUUAUUUUAUUUUUAAUACUUUUGCGAUUAUAAAUGCAUAGAAGUUUCGUUGACGCGUCUUUCUUUUUUACCAUGCCAAAAAGGUGAAUACAAGAAACCGACACACCAAUACAUUUUCAAAACAACGUUUCCUUUUAUACAUAAACACAUAACUACAGUGAAUAUUUUUAUUUAAUUGUAUUUGCAGAAAAUAAAAGAUAUUUUAAUAUGUUUAUAUCCGAAA